AUGGACAUGGACAUGGACAUCGCAGACAUCCUCGCCGAGGUGUCGCGGCCUCCUGACGCGGGGUCCAGGGGCCAGGCCGACGCUUUCUCCGACACGGAUGCCUUCACUGACCACCAACUUCUGACGCGCGCGUGGACGUGUGAGCGAUGCGCGCCUGAUCUACUGCCGUACCCGUGCGACCUGAUGAACCGGGUGAUGGCGCGCGUACAGAGCCAGGUAUCAAGGAUCGAAGACCUGGCUUCGAGCGGCGGCGGCGACAGUGGUACUGGGGCACCGGCGUCCCACGCCCUGAACAACGGCUACGGGCACCCUCAUCCUCGCCCUCACAGCCACAAAGCACCGAGCGGCACGCAGAACACCAACCUGAUCCUCUCGAUCCUCCAGACCGACUUGUCACGCACGCAGUUCUUGGUGCGGAGUUUCCUGCGCCAGCGCCUGGCCAAGCUCACCAAGCACGCCGGCUGGUAUCUCGCGCAACUACGACUACAAGCACAACGGCAGGACGCCGGCGCGGCAGGAUCGAUGUCGACGCACUACCUGAGCGCUGCCGAGACACAGUUUCUGCGCGCCCACCAGGCCCUGCUGUCCGACUUCUACAGCUCCAGCUUCCUCAGUGCGUUCCCGCCGGCGUUGAGGCGGCUGGACGACGCGACGGGCGGUGUUCCCAUGCUCGAGCCGCCGGAUGCGGCCAUCGCCGUGGUCGUGCGGUGUCUGGUUGACGGCGUGUGGAGCAAUGAACGCGACGUCGACCUCGCCCCGACCGCCGGGUCUGAAACCGGAGAGUGGGAGCGGGAGCCCGCCACCGUCGAGUUGAGGAUGAGGCACGGAGAGGUCUGGCUGGUCAGGUGGCGGGAUGUCAGGGGCGGCGUCGAGAGGGGCGAGCUCGAGUUGUUAUGA